CCAUUCUCGAUUAACGAGAAAGAAUAUAAUGAAGAUUGCGGGACAGUGUGCGUUACUUUACUGCCGUGUUGGCUUGUUGUUUAUUACCCAGUUUUAGACACUAUUCUCCUAAACCCCAAGUCCUCAAGUAGCUUGGCGUAUUUCAACUCAUUUCACCACAGUUCCGCACAAGUGGUAAGACGAGACAGGCACGCAACCAGUUCAUUACAAUCUCCCGGCUUUUGCCGAUUACUACCGUAUUAAGUUUCAGUGUAAGUCGUGCAUAACACGCUCAGCUCGAAUAUUUUCUUUAUCGGCGAUAAGUAUUGAACUUCAGCCGUGUGGAAUUAGUGUUUCCGUGACGAGCCCUAAGCUACGUGAAGUAUGAUAAGGGCGGGCCACGGCGGAAUUAUAAGUAUCGAUUGAUCUGUGUAUAGCUGUUCACGCCACGAUCUUGCCGCUCGGACGAUCCCGCUUCAUAGUUUUGUCUCUGCUUUAAUCACCGCCUAUCAGUAUAAAUCCAAGCUGUGGCGAGCUAGUGUCUAAUAGCCCCUCUAACAGCUAUAGUUAGUCGACGUAUGUAUGCCGCAUUGACAAGCCGAACGCGUGCAACCGCUAUAGAAAUACUACAACGUGCUUUCACCGGAUGUGUCAAUGAGUGAGUUUUAUUCGCCCCCGUCAUACUAUAGAUGUACGUUCAGGCUUUGACUCUGUUGCGCAAAACUGUUUGUGAUUUUAAAGAGGCGUGGUUUUGUUAGUUGUACAGAGAAAUAUUGCCAAGAACAGACAUGGGCAAGCGAGUGACGGACGAGAGCUCGGAAAAGAAAGGGGACCACCCGCAAGAAAAAGAUGUACGGAGUACUAACAGCGAUGACGGAAUAACGGAAACUAGUGUGAACUGCAGCAGUGUAGCUGACGAGAAGUCUACAGUUUUGGGAACAGUUACUACACCGCCUCAACCGACGAUGGCAGAGGAUGCCGAGGAAUAUAUUAAACCCAUAAUAAAAGACGGUGAAGUUAUCUUAGAAGUUGAAUGUGGACAAAAUAAGGCAUUGUUAUAUUUAUCUAAACUUUGUCAGGGAAGUAAAGGACCUUGUAUAUAUUUUCAAGGAUCGUGGUUAGCGCCCAAUGAGUUUCAGUUUGUUUCUGGGCGAGAAACUGCUAAAGACUGGAAACGAUCUAUUCGUCAUCAUGGGAAAAGUUUAAAAUUAUUACUGGCCAAAGGAAUAUUAUCCGUUCACCCGACUGUUUGUGAUUGUGAAGGGUGUCGUACUGGUUCAACCCUGAAUCGUAACAGAAAUGGAACUAAAAAGAAAACGCCCGCUAAUAAAGAAAGUAAACCCAAAAUAACAACAGACGGUGUCAAACCCAUUUCUCAAGAUGGUAGUAAGCCCAUUGCUCCUCUGUCAACAUCAGAGGGCGAAAAGACAAAGAAGGAAGCCAAAAAGAUAAAGAAACCUUUAGAGAAACCCGUUAGUCCAUUGCGGGAAUCUAAAUCGACCAAUAUUAUGAAUCCAGCAGUUCUACCCACCGUGCCCAUUACCCAAGAGCGUCUACCUAAAGUACCCAUUGUCAUGCCCUGUAAUAUUGUUCCUGGUGUGUUUCCAGUCCCUAAAGUACCCGUCCUAUCACCAGUGAAGCCAGAACCUCGGGACCCAGUCAGUAAAGUUAUAGAGCCUACCGUUUCCGAACCUAAUCAAAGGCACAAUGAAACAGCAGUUAAAUCAGAAAUCAUUCCAAUGGUUCAGCCCACACCUGUCAAAUUGUCAGCUGAAAAUUGUAAAGCGGAGGAAACAGCUAAGCAGCCAUCAUCCACACCUGUGAUCAAAUCCACCCCAGAUGUUUGUAAAGAAAAUUACAUCAAAGAUGAUAAACCUCCAAAAGACACAAACAUUAAAGAACGGCCAAAGGAAAUGCCAAAAGAAACAAAACAUCCUAAAAUUGAAAAUCCUAAAACGUCAAGUUUUGAGUCUCCAAAGCCAAGGGAAUCUUCACGUUCUUCUCCGGAGGAUCAUGCCAGAAAGCUACCCGAAAGAGAACACGAAAAGAUGACACCUAAAUCUUUCACUGGAUUAGGUCCAAGGCUUGGUAGCGAGGUUCCGACUUUCCGGCUUCCAGAGACAUUUCCAGAUACAGCGGCUUACGCAGACUACAUGAGAAUGUUAACUGGGGGACAUCCUUUAUUUCCUCAAGUUCCACAGCAGCUUGAUACAAUGUACUCUUUACGAACCAGUGAUCCAUCUUUUAAUCAUGUUCUUCAUCCUUAUCACGGUUGUGCUAUGUACAACCCUGUCCCCCCACACCCAGGACUAUAUCAGAAAGACCCUGUGUUAUACCCAACUACAGCUGGAGCGUUACCAUCUAGUAUUGGAGCACCCUGUUUCUCGCCCUUACACAUGUUUUCUCAGAGACUGCCUUACGCUUUAUCAGCACCUGUGAUGGAACUUCCAAGACCGUUCCAGUAUAUGCCUAUUCCAACUUCCAUGUCCUAUCCGUGUUCUAGUAUUAAUGGUCUGAAACGACACCACGCAGAAUUAGACUCCUCUUCAGAUAUUGCUAAUAAAAGGCUUCGUCUGGACUACCAGGUACCCGACUUUCGGUUUGAUUCCUAUCCGUCUUGUUCAACGACGUAUCCACCUCUGUAUUAUGAUUCGGCCUUGUUACAAAGUGAGGAUUACCGCCGUAAACGACUGGAAGAAAGUAUGAAUAGUGCUAAAGACAUUCCUGGUUAUUUACAUCCAUAUAUGGGUAAACCUAGUUACCAGUGUACCUGUGUUAAUCGACCUGAUGAUAUAAGAAGUUGGUCAGUGGAGGAUGUUUGUAGUUUUGUUUCCAGACUCGACGGAUGUACUUUAUACGCUGAGACAUUCCGAGAACAAAGAGUUGAUGGUAAAAUCCUGCCAUUACUUACAACAGAUCACAUGAUGAAAAGCCUCGGUUUGAAACUUGGACCAGCAGUGCUUAUAGCGGAAGCUGUUGCUAAGAAACUUCAAGAAUCGCGAUUAAAUGGAUGUGACAGUUGUCGUAAAUUGACUUUAGGUGGUCCUAUAGAAAUGUGAUGUGUGGUGUUGAUUUUUAUGGGACAUUUUCAUUGGAUUUUAGGAGACAAGGUGUCUUUUAAGGAAACAAUAGCAGAAGGCACUGCAGCAGCAACAAAGCUACUUGUCAUUUGUUUUCAUAAAUAUAUACAUGUAUCAUUGUGUUAUGUCGUGUGUGAACGUUAUAAAGUGGACUAUGAUCUGAACUAUCAACUGUAUAUACAUGUAGCAAGUCUACGACAUUACACAAUACAUCAGAUAGUGCUCAUCUUUAAUAUUUGUGUGAUAAACAUUUGUAAAACAGCAAACUAAUAUAUUAUUAAUAACUUAUGAUAAAUAGACAUUCAAAAAGUGCUUUUUAAAUUUUUGAGUAAUAGGGGUUUUUUUUUUACUUAAAAGGUUAAAAGAACACAAGUGGCUCCCUAAUAUGGCGCAUGGAGCGUUUCGUGUGGUCGCUAUAUUGGAUUAAGUGCGGGACUUUUAAUGUUAAAUAAGGCCCUUAGUUGAUUUUUAGUUAAAAUAGAAAUGUCCCCAUCUGUUUGUAAGUUGAAUUUUGUAAUAUUGUGUUACACAGAGUGUGUUCUUUAUAUUAAAAUAUAUUAAAAUAA